CUGUCAGGCAUUCUACAUGGACGCCUUGCUGCGAGGUCCUGACUGAGCAUUUCCGGGUUCAGCUCCACGUCUGCUGCCCCGCUCGGGCCGGGCCUGUGACAACUCAGUCCCCGUCCUGGUGUGUCCGUCUCCCCGGGCCGGGCCUGUCUGCACCCGGUCAUGUUAUAAACCUUGUGGGCUUUCAUCUCAGUUCAGAAUGUCAUGGUUUGCUGAUUUGGCAGGGAAGGCAGAAACCUUCUUGAACAAAGUGGACCAGGGAGCAGCAGCCGCUCUGCAGAAUGCACCCCUUAAUGCCGCAACAGCCACACACCUGCACAGCGAUGAGGCCAGUUCUCAGAGCGAGUAUUCUGCCCUGAACCAGCUGAGCCGUAAAUCUGAUCAGCAGAUCCACACAAACCCUGAUUAUGUCUCCUCCGCUGCCAGUAACAUUAAGAGACAGAAGGCCACCCUUUUGGCUGGAGUUCCUAAUGUGUCAUCAUCAUCGAAUGUUGUCACUAUGGCUGGUGUACCUGCAAGCUCUUCGCAAAGCAGGCCCUCAAUGCAGUUUGUACGACCAAAACGGAAUGAGCCCAAUGAUGACCAACUUUUUGAUUUUCUAAAUAGUUCAGAAAAAUUAUUAAAUGGAAAAGUGGACACUAAGCAAGAGGUAGCAAAGCCUGUCACGCCAAAGACUCAUUCUCGGACAUCUAGUCACAGUUCGGUAAAAUUGGGCACCAAUAAUAAGACGGCUGAGGAGAGCUUGAUCAAGGACAGUUCUGCUUCUGGAUAUGAUUCGGAAAGGUCGGAAAGCUCCAGUGUGAAUCAGAGUACCCAAAUAGAACCGUCAAACGAGGAAGCAUUGGGGAAUGCAGGAGGCACAACUUUCUUGAAUAAAGAUGAGAAUCAGUCACAAGAGCUAUCAAACCUUCGGCUUGAAAACCAGUUGUUGCGGAAUGAGGUCAACUCCUUAAACCAAGAAAUGGCUUCAGUGAUUCAGAAGUCAGUGCAGACUCAAGAAGAGUUAAAUAAAUCCAGGAAACAGAUUGAGAAAUGGAACACGGAAAACUCGAAGACAGACAGGAUCGGUCGGGAGCUGCGCUCGCAGGUGGAUGAUCUGAACGAGGUGCUGAGCGCCAAGGAUUCUCAGCUGGCUGUGCUCAAAGUGAGAUUGGAAGAGGCAGAUCAACUGCUGAAGACACGUACCGAGGUGAUAGACAUGCUGCAGAGCGAGAAAAACAGGAUUCUGCAAGAUCAUAAUGAAGGCAGCAGCUUGCAUAACCAAGCCUACCAGACAAUGCAAGAGAGGCUUCUGGAUGCUGAAUCAACCCUUAAAAGAGAACAAGAGAAUUAUACUCAGAUGCAGAAUGAAUUUGCAGCUCGCCUCAGUAAGAUGGAGUGUGAGCGUCAGAGUCUAGCAGAAGCACUGACAGCAGCUGAGAGAAAGGCGAUUGAAGAGAAGAGGAAGGCAGAAGAUCAUCAGCAGCAGCUCAAACUUGCCAAGACCAGCUUGGAUUCUGCUAAACAGGAGCUGGCGGAGUACAAGCAAAAGGCCUCCCGAAUCCUGCAAUCCAAAGAGAAACUGAUUAACAGCCUAAAGGAGGGUUCAGGGAUUGAAGGUAUUGAAAGCCAUAUGAUUAACACAUUGGAGCUGGAGGAGGUGCGGCAUGAACGUGACAUGCAGCGGGAAGAGAUCCAAAGACUAUUGGGUCAGAUCCAAACACUGAGGACAGAACUGCAGGAUACUGAGGCUCAACAGUUAGGUGAGGCAGAAUCGUUCAGGGAACAAAUUCAAGAACUACAAGAACAAAUCCAUUCACUACUGACAUCCAAAAAGGAAAUGGAAGCUGAACUAGAACGUCAGAAACAGGAGUUUCAAUAUAUAGAAGAUGAACUUCACCGUACAAAGAACACACUGCAGAUGAGAGUGAAGGAUCGAGAGGAUGAAAUUCAGAAACUCCGGAAUCAGCUUACAAACAAAACCUUGAGUAGCAGCCACACUGAACUGGAGAAUCGCCUGCACCAGCUGACUGAAACUCUGAUCCAGAAGCAGACUAUGUUAGAGGCUCUCAGUACUGAGAAGAACUCACUUUGCUUCCAACUGGAACGUCUUGAGCAGCAACUGAAAAAUAGCCAGGGCAGCAAUGUUAACGGCCCUGUUAUUAAUGUAUCAGCAUUGGAAGCUAGCGAAGGUGCUCGUUUGAGAAGCGUCCCAGUUCUUUUUGGUGAACCAGACGGUUCAGUAGGAAUGUAUGGGAGAGUUCGCAAAGCUGCAAAUACAAUUGAUCGAUUCAGCAUCCGGUUAGGAAUUUUUCUGAGGCGAUAUCCAAUCGCAAGGGUAUUUGUAAUUAUUUAUAUGGUGCUGCUGCACUUGUGGGUGAUGAUAGUGCUUCUGACUUACACCCCGGAGAUCCACCACGGUUCCUCACAACCGGGCGGCAAGUGAGAAGAAAUGGACAUCAAGCCAUCAGAGAGGGAUUUGAAUUGCUCUGUACACACAUAAUAUACCAAUAUCUUGAUGCAAACUGCACAACCAGUUAACUAUUGGCUUUAAUCACCAAAUCGGUAGUUUGAGAGUUUUAAUUUUCAGCCUCUUAUCUUGGCAUUUUCACAAUCGCCAUACACAUUAGAACCUGUACAUAUAUAUAGUGGUUAUGUAGUUAUACUGAGGGACAGAAGCAACUUGAUUGUGCAAUAUCUUUUAAUAAACUCAUUCCAAAAGUGUU